CUGGCUUUCUCAGACUCAGCAUUGUAGCCAUUGUAAUUCUUCCUCUGCAGUUUGCUUGUGCCUGUGCUUCAUCAGCCAUGCCCCCUCGAUGCUUCUAGAAGAAUCGUGUUUGUGUGGCUUUCUGCCAACUCUAUUGCUGGCCUUCGAUGUUGCCAAUUGCUUGCUCACUGCAGCUGGGUUGCUUGUGGUGGUGGUGUUGGUCUGUUGAUAGUGUUUUGGGUUUCUUGUGAUAUUGUCCCUCCUGUCUGUCUUCUCGUGCUCGCUUGGACAGCGUACCUGAAGUUGUUGAUGGUUUGUGGCAGAUUGUCUUGGGAAAAAUCCGUCGGUUUCUGUUCCGUUAAUGAGCUGCGAGUGGAGACGGUGAGUGUUGAGUGGAGUGGAGUUUCACUGCGGUGGUUUUUCUCGGUGUUUGGUUGUAAGGUUUGAGCUGCGAGCGAAGCUUUUGACCUGGUGGAGGAAGUAGUGCAAGUUUUCUGGCGUUUUUGGGGGGUUUCUUUUGUUGCGUCUCUUGGAGUGUGAGCGUUAGAGCUGUUUUUUUUGGUCUGUAUUCGUCUGUUUCCUUCAGCUCUGGGGGUUAGGUGAGUUUGUAGACAUGAAAUUUGUUUCUUGAGGGGUUGAACAAGGCGGUCGUGCUUGAGUUCUACCAUGCUUGCAGCUCGUAGGCUUGGUUUUGAUGAUUGCCUUUUUGUGCAACGGGAAUGUGUGUCACGUGACGAGCUGUAGGCGUUGCUGAAGUGAUCACCUUAAACCCAUGAAAGCUUUCGAAAGUUCUCCUUUCAGUGGGGAUUUGGGGAAACUCGUGUAGUGUAUGGACUUGGAGGCAUUGCAAAUGAUUGAAUAAACUUGUUGUAUUUGCUUUAAAAUACUUCGCGACAUUCGAUAACCCAUGGAUUGAAGAUAGUCUCCCUUGAAGGAGACUGGGACCAGGUUAAUGCGAUGUUCUCCUUCACAAAACAUGCACCGGUCACUCGGUUCGGUGGGAUCAAAGGGAGUUGAGGAUAGAGGAGUAAUACAAUGGUGAGUUAAGAAUUUGAUGAGCAGUCUAAGCGUUGGACGGAUUCGGGAAGCUGCAACUUCUAGAGUGUAACAGAAUACAAGUCGAUAGUGAAUCAGUUUGAGUACGGAAGGAUAGAACUAGCGGGCGCAGGGCAUGACGACAUUACAGGACAUUGGUGUGUCGGCUCUUGUCAAUAUCGGCUUAACAAUACUAUUCCUCCUGAGUUUCGUAUUUCUUAGUAUUCAACCUGUAAAUGACAUCGUGUACUAUCCUAAGCUCUAUAUCAGAGGCAUUCGGAAGGAAAGACCAAGAGCGUCUCCACGCCCGCUGAAGCCCGUCGAGAAGUACGUCAAUCUUGAGGUCAGUCAUUAUAUGCGACUGUUAGAUUGGGCCAAGUCUGCACUUCGCAAGACUGAGGAUGAUAUUAUACAGCAUUCGGGACUUGACUCGGCAGUAUAUCUCCGCAUCUUCUUGGUCGGGUUAAAGAUCUUUGUGCCCUUGAUGAUACUGGGCAUGGCGAUAUUAAUUCCUGUGAACGUCGGAGCGGGAUCUCUGCCUGAAACCGGGACAGACAAUGUGAAUGCUAACACCACAGAUACGAAGUUUUUGUUCAGCAGCAUUGACAAACUUUCUAUGUCGAAUGUGCCAAAUGGAUCUUCAAGACUUUGGGCGCAUUUGGUUAUGUCGUACGUGUUUACGGCCUGGGUUUGUUACAUCCUAUUCAUGGAAUAUAAGGCCAUUGCAGCGUUGCGUCUGAGGUUCCUCUGUGAUGAGCAAAGGCGACCGGAUCAGUUCACAGUUAUGGUUCUGCAAAUACCUAACACAGGCAAGCAGCCUCUCGAUCAACAAGUGGAGCAGUAUUUCCGCAGAUACCAUCCAGAUAAUUAUUUAACGCAUCAGAUGGCGUACAAUGCAAACCAGCUGUCCAAGAUUGUAAAAGAAAGAGACAAAGCACAGAAUUGGCUGGUGUAUUUCCAAAUAAAGUAUCAGCGAAACCCAGCCAUGAGACCUGUCACCAAGACGGGUUUUCUUGGUAUGUUUGGAGAUCAAGUUGAUGCAAUUGAUUACUACACGUCUGAAAUUGAACGACUGACUAAAGAAGCCCAAGCUGAGCGUGAAGUUGUGAUAAACGAUCCGAAUGCCACAAUGCCAGCUGCGUUUGUCUCCUUUAAAAAUCGUUGGGGGGCUGUUGUGUGUGCUCAAACCCAACAAAACCAAGACCCAACGUUGUGGCUUACAGAAAGUGCGCCCGAACCACGAGAUGUAUAUUGGUCGAAUCUUUCAAUACCGUAUGUGCAACUUGGAUUCCGAAAACUUGCAGUUGGCGGUAUUGUAUUUCUUUUGGUCUUCUUUUAUAUGAUUCCGAUUGCCGCCGUACAAUCUUUGGCAAAUCUUGAAGGGCUUCGGAGAUCGAUACCUGCUCUUGAUGGAUUCUUGCAGAAGAGCUUUGUUUCAUCAUUUGUUCAAGGUUUCCUGCCAGGUCUUGCGUUGAAGCUCUUCUUCAAAUUUCUGCCGAAAUUCAUAAAAAUUAUCACAAAACUUGAAGGUCAUCUUGCAGUAUCAAAGAUUGAGCGGCGCGCUGCUGCGAAGUACUAUAUCUUUGUCGUGGUCAAUAUCUUCUUUGGGAGUAUCUUUACUGGAACUGCAUUCCAGCAGCUGAAGACAUUUGUGACAUCCUCAUCCUUCUUGGACUUUCUGAACACACUCGCAUCAUCUAUACCUCAGAAGGCGUCUUUCUUCAUCACGUAUAUCAUGGUCGAUGGAUGGUCCGGUCCAGCUGGUGAAAUACUUCGGCUCAAGCCUCUAGUGAAGUAUCAUAUUCGGAAUAUGUUAUUCUGCAGAACCGACAAAGACAGGCUGGAAGCAGCCGACCCAGGAACUCUCUCCUUGGAUGAGUCGCUGCCUCAACUGCAACUUUAUUUUUUGAUGGGUCUAGUGUAUUCUGUUAUCACACCAAUCAUCAUCCCAUUUAUUGUCGUAUUCAUGGGCUUCGGUUUUCUCGUUUACCGUAAUCAGGUUAUCAACGUGUAUGAUCCUGAAUAUGAGAGUGCAGGAGCGUUCUGGACUCAUGUUCACGGACGCAUCAUCGCUGCUCUUAUUAUAGAGCAUCUUACACUCAUCGGUUUAUUUCUUGUCAAUGGUCCGAUAUCUUUUGUUAAAACAUCUCCUGGACAGAGCGUCAAGGACAAAAUCCUUCGUUAUGUGAGAGAAUCUUUUAGCUCGACACCCUUCAUGGUAGCGUUACCGAUAUUGACUUUGGUUUUUCACAAUUACUGCAAGAAGCGUUUUGAGGCUGCAUUCACUCACUACCCUUUGGAGAACGCUAUGGAGAAGGACAUGAUAGAGAAGCAAGAAGAACCAAAUUUGGACUUAACAAUAUUUUUACGAAAUGCAUACAAUCAUCCUGAUUUCGAUGACGAGGAUGAUGGUGGAGAUGUGGAGAAAUGCCAGGAAGAGAUUGUUACCAUUGAAGAACAAGACAAGACUCCUUCACAGGACUCUUUACCGGCGAGGGAACAAGCUGAGUCUGCAGAACUGGAUGGUGGUGAAGAAGAGCAGCAAGUAGAAGAGCAAGACUCAUCUCCAUUGGCUUUUAAAUGGGGGGCUUUCCAUCAGGAUGCUGCUGAUGCAAAUCCUUCGUUACCGAACCUCUCGAGAGAAACCUCAGAUUUAGGAUCUCCGUUAAUGUUCCAACAAGGCUGCUUUGGCGAAGAAGGCUUAGUUUCGUUGAGAGGACGGUUAGGUGCAAAUAAUUCUGACGGACUUCGAAUGGAUUCUUUGGGAAGAUAUCACUCAGCACGCAGUUUCUUCGAUUCAGCAUCGUCUCGCAGUAGCUUCGACGGUGAGGGUGCUGCACCAUCAGAUACAGCUAUUCCAAGUUCAUCGGCAGCAGAAAAGCCAGCAAUACAAAGGGAAGUUAGCAGCAAGGAACUUGCCAGAGUGCGUUCGCUUCAGCGUUACCUGCAAGGGCAGUUAUCUCGUGAGAGCUCAUUUGUCGAGUCCUUGCGAGUGACUGAUGAGACCGCAAGAUUGAAGGCUUUACAGAGCUUUGUGAGAGGUCAACUCUCACGAGAACCUUCAUUUGUUGCAGACCGAUCUAUUCCCGAAACCAAUGAAGCACCGAAUUCGGAAUUAUCUUUGGAUGCUGAUGUUGAAAAGGCACUCGUGCGAGACUUGCAGCGGUAUUUGAGAGCGCAAAUAUCCAGGGAGAAUUCGAUGGCUGGGGAGCCCGUCAAGGAUGCCACUCUUGCUGACUCAUCUUUGACAUCCAGGAAGGAAGUGCCCUGUCAGAGUGAUGUCGAUGACCGCGAUGAAAUUAUAAGAUAUGUGAAAGGGCAGCUGUCACGAGAGAACUCAAGCUCGGAAUCUGGCUCUCCUCUUACCUUCCGGCGCGGAGCGUUUUAUGGAAAUGAAGGUGAUGAAGAGAAAGGAGCGGAUUCACCCUCCUUCACAGGCUCUCCAGGUUCACCCCUGACUUUCAAGACAGGUAGGUUCAUUCAAAAUACAGAUGACGAAGAGUUAGGAAAUAUGCGGACAUCACCUUUGAGGGGAUCCAGGUUUCCCAAAGCGCAGACGAUGAGCACAAUCAAAGAGAAUUCCAAGAUGCUCACCGACUCCCAGCAAGUGUACUUGCCGCAAACCAGGACUUCAGGCCUGGCUAGACCUGGUGCAUCACCUGACUCACCGCUGUCCAAAGGAGAAAGUUCCUCUCAGGAGGCAGAGUCGGCUCUGACACCAGCUGCAGAGGCCAAUCAACCGGCAUACUCACGAGCUAAGUCAUUGAGGGCACUCAGAGAAGUGAGCCACCUGGACUCUUCCGGCUUCGCCAAACCAAAUCACAAACGUGACCGAACGUUGUCAACACUGUUGAAGGAACCGCAGGACACAACUGUCAGUCCAUCAUCCUCACGGAGAUCGUCAAGGGCUGAUCCAUCUACCAUGCCAAACCCAACCAGUGACGUAGGAGAAGCCGAUACUGGAACCAGGACACCGGAGAACUCCAACACUCUCGACAGCCUGGUGCAGAACGAAGCCCCUGAGCAGCCAUCUCAUGCUCUUGAGCUUGGAACACAGGACUCAUCGACGACGAGGAGGAAAAAGAAGAACAAGAAGGCUACGAAAACCGAUAAAGUCAAGAGAUCCUCGUCUUCAUCUUCUUCCUCGUCGUCUUCGUCCUCUUCGUCCUCGUCUUCUUCCUCAGAGAGUGAAAAAGAGGAGUCUCACGAUGCUUCUGCUGCUUUGUAACCUGGAGUCUUCUUUGCUAGAUCCGUAGGUGAAAGUGAAUCUUAGGAGCUCUCCCUUCGUCUUAACAGGGAUGACCUUUAGCUUAUUGUACCAUGCUCACAAAUUAGCAAUCGCAUUCAGGGAAUGGCGGUUCUGUACUUUGCCUUUCAUGAUGUAUUACACGUUUCCUUAUUCUUCUUCGUU